UCGAAGCGGACGCUGAAAAAGAAAACGUAAGACGGAGACGCGAACGUUGCGCAGGCGCUGACGACGAUCGAAUCGAUUCCAGCAAAAGCAAAAGCCACCAACAGAUACGAAACGGAAUUGUGUUUUUUAGUUGUUUGCUUUUGUUUCGUGUGUGGUUUGGUGUGUGGUUAUGCCAUGCAAAACGCAUGGUGGUAGAAAAGAAAAUAACCAGAAACCGACAAAAAGUUUGCCAAAAAAAAAAACAACCGCAAAAGCCGCGCUCAAUUCUAAUUUCUUAUAAUUUGAAAACAGUAUUAUAACGAUAAAACGAGGAUAUAUUAUAUAUUUUGGAAUCGGACAUCAAAAUUGGAUUAAACAAAAUAAGCAAUCAUAUCGAAAUAAAAAAGUUACAAAUAAAAAACCAAUUAUUUUGUAUGCCGGUUUCUGCUUGACAAGUUUGAUUCCCCUCAAACAUCACAGCCAUAAGCCUCAACCAGCAUGAAAGGCUGGUUCGACGCUUUUCGAGACGAUGGGGGACCAACGCUAUAUUCAUUCUCCAACCGAACACCCGUCACCGGUGAUGUCUCCAUUGUGGCAGUAUCGGUUCUAUUUGCCACAUUCUAUGUGGCAUUUUUGGUCAUAUUUCCGGGUGUACGAAAGCAGAAAUUCACAACAUUCUCGACAGUCACUCUGUCGCUUUUUGUGGGUCUAGUCAUACUGAUCACUCGUUUGGGAUCCGCAUGGCAUGUGGCACAUGCAACCAUCAUUGCACCGUACAAAGCCUUCUCACGCGAGAAGCUACCAGCUCGGAUCGGCACCCACAUUGGCCUCAUGCAUGUCAAUGUAACGCUGACGGCCAUACCCAUUGGGAACUAUACACCGCCGGAUAUCGACUACAACGAACGCUUCAUGUGGGAGGGAGCCACCGAUAUGAGCGCCAACUAUCGCCAUGCCCUGCAGCGGGGCCUGCCCUUUCCCAUUCUCACGGUGGCCGAGUAUUUUAGCCUGGGACGCGAGGGCUUCUCGUGGGGCGGGCAGUACAGGGCGGCGGGAUAUUUCGCCAGCAUUAUGCUGUGGUCAUCGCUGGCCUCGUGGCUGCUGAUGAACCUCCUGCUGAUUGCCGUGCCCCGGUACGGGGCGUACAUGAAGGCCCUCACGGGGGCCCUGCUCGUCUGCACCACCGUGGGAUAUCAUUGUCUGUUGCCCAAGCGGCCGUUGUGCAUUUAUUUGGAGGGCGGACGCCUGGAGUUUCAUUUUGGAUGGUGCUACUGGUUGGUCCUGGUAGCGGGGAUCCUGUGCUUCAUAGCGGGCGUGCUGAUCUCCAUCAUUGACCUGGUGUGGCCGCAUACCUUCUCCACGGUGCUGGAGGUGUACUACGGCACUCCCUAUGAUCGUCAUGUCAUUCUGGAGGAGUCCAGCGAUGUGCGUUACCGCAAGCCGCGCAACAGUCGCAGCCUGGAGGAUCCUCCGGGUCUGGGCUCUCGCAUACUGCGACGCCUGAGCUCCAAGGCCCGCGACAUGCAGCACGUGACGGCGCCGCGGCGCGACAGUCCCGCGGGAGUCUCCAGCAGCGUCGGCGGGGGCGGUGGCAGCGGCGGCGUCGAGAACAAGGGCUUCCAGUCGGAUGUGCCCAAGAGUCCAUGGCGCUAUCCCUUCAGACGAACGCAGCAGAUGCCGCCGCCGCAUCAGCAGCACCAGCACCAGCAUCCGCUGCAGCAGUCGCACUCGCACCAGCACCAGCACCAGCAUCACCAUCAGCAGCAGCUGCAGUUUGUGGGCGGCCCAGUGGUGCAACAUCCUAUGCACCACAUGCAACGCACCAUGUCCCAGGACUCGGGAUCGAGCAUGGGCUCGGCAGCGGUGCAAAUAUCGCCGCUGCACAAGCAUGCCCUCGCCCGAAUGUUGCCUAAUCCUCCCGUGGAGCGUAUACGUGACAUGGAUCACUGGUGAUGCCAUUGGACAGACCAUUUAUUUUUUAUAGGGCUUCAACAAUUCUUGACUUUAGAUCGAUACAAAAACAACAACAACAACAACAACAACAACAAAAACUAAACCACUUGAUGACAAAAAAUGCUACAAAACAAUUUGUGAUAAUUUCUUAAUUUAAAAACAAAACAAAACGAAAAAACAAAAUCAAUUAAUUGACAAGAUCACAUAAUUUUAAAUCUUAAACAAGAAAAACAUUCGCUAAAUUUAAAC